CGUCUAGAUCCAGGUCAGUCGGGGUCAUGGAAUUUAUAUAAGUGAGCCUGCCUCAAAACAAACCAAACGCUUUUCCCAUGCUCGUCACCGUCCGUCAGCUCUUUCUCAGUCCGCCUUGAGAUUAGUCGCGCGCCCCAAAAAUGUCAAAUAAUACAUCAGAGAAGGGCAGUUAUGCCAUCACGCCCGUGCUGGCGACGGCAGGGAGCAUCGACAGCGUGGAUACAGGCAAGCUGGAAACUGACGACGACGCCUUUGAGGUUUUCAAGAGACAGGGGGGGGAGGUGGACUUUCGGACGGUCAGCUGGGUAUAUGCCUCGGUGAUCUUCCUAAAAGUCAUCUUCGCUACCGGAGUGUUGACCAUCCCCUCAUCCAUGUACGUUCUAGGCGCCCUGCCAGGAGCGAUUAAUGUCCUGGGGUGGCAGUUUCUCAACACAUACUGCGCCAUUAUCCAAGGCAACUUCCGUAACUCGCAUGCCGGAUGUCACUCGAUUGCAGACAUGGCCCAUGUGGUCGGCGGAGUCUGGCUGCGAGAAGUAGUGGGAGUCUUCUUCCUCGUCACCUACGCCAUUGUAGGUGCGUCGGGCAUCUUCGGUGCGUCAACGGCGCUCAAUGCGCUUUCGAACCAUGCCGUCUGCACAAACUACUUCAUGCUGGUGGCCACGAUUGCCGUCUUUAUCCUGGCUAGUGCGCGCAAGUUCGAGAAAAUUGCCUGGCUGACUUGGGCUGGAUUUUCGUCCGUAUUUGUCGCCGUGUUUGUCGUUGUUGUUGGCGUCACCCAACAAGACCGCCCUGCUGCGGCGCCCCAGACGGGCGACUUCGACCUUGGAUACCAUGUCAUCGGCCACCCGACCUUCAUCGCAGGCAUCACGUCCGUGGCGACGAUAUUCUGCUCCGGAGCCGGCACAUCGGCAUUCCUGCCUGUCAUUUCGGAGAUGAGGCGGCCGAAGGACUACAACAAGGCCGUCUAUCUCUGCAUGGGAAUUGUCACGGCCUCAUACCUCUCUUUCAGCCUUGUCGUCUACCGAUAUUGUGGCCAAUGGGUCGCCUCCCCGUCCCUGGGAAGCGCAGGAGACGUCAUCAAGAAGGUGGCCUAUGGUAUCGGCCUCAUUGGCCUCCUCGUCUCGGCCUGCCUAUACGUCCACAUCGCCGCCAAGUACAUCUUCGUCCGUCUGCUGCGUGAUUCGGUGCACCUGCAGAAAAAUUCGGUCGCACAUUGGUCCAUCUGGCUCGGUUGCACAUUCAGCAUGUCCGUUGUUGGGUUUUUGAUCGCAUCGGGGAUCCCCAUAUUCAACUAUCUGCUGGCGCUGGCCGGUUCUCUAACCUUCGCGCCCCUCGCGCUCGGCCUGCCGGGGUACUUGUGGAUUUACGACCACCAGCACUACCGCAAUGGCUGCUGGUGGAAGGUCAUGGUGUACUAUCUCAACUGGCUCAUGAUUGCUCUGGCCGUUUUUUUGACGAUUGGGGGAACUUAUGGCGUGGUACAGAAUAUUAUUGAUGCGUAUGCCAGAGGCGAGAUCGAUCAGGCCUUCUCCUGUGCUGAUAACAGCCACUCGUCUUAGUGCUUGGAAGGGGGAACGUCAUGAUAGACGUAGGCAAAAACUGCAAACCUAAGAGGUGCAAUUCAAUCAACUAUUCGAGUUGUAACAAUUGAAAUAUUGAUAACUUUGACCUGCUUGUCGUUGUGCCCUAGAUAUG